AGCAACACACACACACACACAUAUAUUAAAAGACAGAAAAACUAACAACGACAUUUGAAUGGGUUGAUAAAAUGCCCUAAACAAAUAUAAAUUGGGCCAUGUUAAAAAAUCUGAUAUUUGAUAUGCCAAGGAACGAUCUUGAUCGAAAUUUAGCUAUUUGGAUAAUCGGGAUUUCUUACAUCUAUGUCUACUACUAGGAGCAAUAAACGGCAAUGAAGCACAUGACUGUGUUUGUCGAGAACCACUACCCACCACAACCACAUAAGGCAAAAUGGAAAUCAUCGAUCUGGAUUAAUGGAUGAACCCAAAAUCAAAAAUCGAGGAUCGAGCAACAAGCUCAUCAGAUUUGCACAAGAUUUUUGGAUCGUUGAUUCUGGGUUUGGCACCGAUUCUUGAUUCAUAUUUGCACAAGAUUUCUUCUUGUUUGAAGAUUUUGAACUUCCAUUGAACAAGAAUAGAACCAACAGUUUUGAACGAGAAUUUGUUUGGGUUUCUACUUUCGGUUUUUGGUUUCUUCACGGAUAGAUCUAAGCAUAUUCAAAGAUCAGUUUGGUUUGGGUUUGUUACAUGAUCGAUCUUGGACAUCUUCAUGAUUUCAAGAUCUUUUUUCCUAUUCAGAUUAUUUGAUUUGAAUUAGGUUUUUGAUUCAGAUGAGUUUUAUGUAACAAUUUCUUUAAUAAAACUGUAUAUUUGUAAAGUUGAUGUUCGUGAAGUGAGAAACGUAAGAAGAGAUUUGAACUCUUAAUCACCUUUUAAUUUUAAACUCAUCUAUAAAUCAUGCUUGAUACGGAGAUUGAUUAUUGACAUCUUGAUGCAUCUCAUCCCAAUGUGCAUUUAAAAUUAGACAUCCUUUCUUAUGCUUCUCACCUUAAUUCUCCUUACCAGAACCCAACCUUAUAUAUAUUAUAUUAAGUAACAUAUAUUAUAGAAAUAUACACACGUAAAAGGUGAUAUAUAUUACUCAAAAAUAAAUUUGAUAUAACAUUAUUCAUUUACAUUAAAUUUUAUACCAACCGGAUAAAAUAAAAAUUAAUAUACCUGGAGUCUUACAUUUUACUUUAAGAUUACAAUUUUUUUAUUAUCUCAUCAAAUUUCAUACCAAUUUCUGUUAGAAAUUGGGGACCGGUGAUGAUUCGUGGACUUGGUAAUCUCGUUGGAUCGUGAAAGUUCACUUACCAAAUACUACAAUUCGUCCCUUAAUGACUUGGGUAUCACGAAUUUCGUAUCGGGAUAACUCAAGAGAAACUCUCCUCUCAAAGGCUGUAAGAUCGAGUCCUUGUAUAUACCUAGAUUCUCCGUUACAUAUUUAUAUGAGAAAUCGAGACGGUUAAAGCAUAAUUGAAUGACAAUUUUAACCUUUAACAGACAACGUUUGGAGCAGUUAUAUAUGUAUUAGAAUCAGAAGCAACGUCAUGAACUCUGGUUCCUCAGUCCAAAGCUCUGACUACUCUAUCUCUGAAAUUCGGCGUAACUCUUUUGGCCCCCGUCUGAUGACGAUCUAAGGGUUCGGGGUUUUAGUCGAACAAGUAUGAAUCAAGCUGAAAUCGGAGCGAUGGUUAAUGGGUCCAAAUGUUGUUCUUCCAAGGUCGUCAUCAAUGAUCCCAAGUUGCUUCACCAUAAAAAAACCUCUAUUCGCCUCGCCGGUCCCUCCAAAUUCCAGGUUAUUGCAGAUUUUGAUAAUACAUUGACAAAAUUUUGGGUUGAUGGAUGUCGAGGACAGUCCAGUCACGGCCUCCUGCAACAAGAGAAUCCUGAAUACAACGCCAAGAGAGAUGAAUUAUUCAACUACUAUCAUCCUAUAGAAUAUGACCCACAAAUUCCAAUUGAUGAAAAAACUAAGCUUAUGGAAGAGUGGUGGGGUAAGAGCCACGGUCUCCUUAUUGAGGGAGGUCUUACAUAUGAUGCAAUAAGAAGCUCUGUAGCUGGUGCUGUGAUUGCUUUCAGAGAAGGCGUGGUUGAGCUUUUUGAGUUUUUAGAGGAGAGAGAUAUCCCGGUUCUUAUAUUUUCAGCAGGUCUAGCAGAUAUCAUCGAGGAGGUUCUUCGUCAGAAACUCCAUAGAACUUUCAAAAAUGUUAAGAUCGUAUCAAACCGGAUGAAAUUUGACCAAAAUGGUAACCUAGUAUCUUUUACAGGGAAGUUGAUUCAUAGCUUAAAUAAGAAUGAACAUGCUCUUGAUAUGGCUGCAUCCUUGCAUGAUCACUUGGGUGAAGUUGAUGACCAAAUAAUCGACAGUGCCUCUGUGAAAAAAAGAACCAAUGUGCUACUUCUUGGUGAUCACAUGGGAGACCUGAGAAUGUCCGAUGGUCUGAAUUAUGAAACCCGCAUUUCUGUGGGAUUUUUGAAUCACAACAUUGAGAACUCUCUUGAUAGCUACCGGGAAGGCUUUGACAUUGUGUAUCUAGAUGAUGCACCGAUGUCAGGGGUGGUGAAGCUUGUCUCGGAGCUCUUUUCUCCUGCAACUGAUUAAACUCAUGGAAGUAGAGAUGUGAUUGGAUGAGGCAUGGUGUCGAUUUUUCGGGGGUUUUGAUUAUUUUCUCAUUCUUUCUUUUGACCUUUUGCAUCUAUAAUAAAUGUUUCUAGGUAGCAAUCCUUUGGGGCCCCUGAUGGGUUUUAGAGUGAUAGUAAACUGCUAGUGUUGAUUUAUGAAGCACAUUUAAGGUUAAUUGAUAUUAGGGACCCCAUUAUAUAUUUUUGAGAGAAGGAAUACCUUCCAACCAUUGUAAAUAGACAGUUUAAUACUUCUAUGAAAUGAUAUUAUUUCUAGA